AAUCUAAUUAGCUUGAGACAAUUGACAUGGAAGAUAAUCAUUUGGAAGGAAUGAUUCCAUCUACUUUUAAGAAUUUUCAAAGGAUACAAAAGUUAAGAUUGGAAGGAAACAGGUUAUUCGGGGAUAUACCAGCCUUCAUAGGAGACCUCACUCAAUUGUAUUUUUUGAGAUUAGACAGAAAUAUAUUAGAAGGGAGUAUUCCUCCAAAUAUAGGAAAUUGUCAAAAGUUACAAUACCUAGACUUUUCACAAAACAACCUUAGAGGGUCCAUACCUUUAGAUAUUUUUAGUAUUUCCUCUUUGACAAAUUUACUUGACUUGUCACGAAACAAAUUGAGUGGUAGCUUACCAAAAGAAGUGGGUAUGCUAAAAAAUAUUGAUUGGUUAGAUGUCUCUGAAAAUCAUUUGUGUGGGGAGAUUCCUGGAACUAUUGGUGAAUGCAUAAGCUUAGAAUACCUUCGUUUGCAAGGGAACUCAUUCAACGGAACAAUACCAUCCUCUUUUGCUUCUCUCAAAGGUCUACAAUAUUUAGAUAUUUCAAGAAAUCAAUUGUAUGGACCAAUUCCUGAUGUUUUGCAGAAUAUCUCUAGCUUAGAACACUUGAAUGUUUCCUUUAACAUGUUGGAAGGUGAGGUGCCAACAAACGGUGUCUUUCGAAAUGCAACCCAAGUAGCAAUGAUCGGAAAUUAUAAGCUUUGUGGAGGAAUUUCACAGUUGCAUCUACCACCAUGCUCUGUCAAGCGUUGGAAGCACACAAAAAAUCAUUUUCCCAGGUUGAUAGCAGUGAUAGUUGGUGUGGUGUCUUUUCUUUUCAUACUUUCAGUUAUCAUAGCUAUCUAUUGGGUGAGGAAAAGAAACCAAAACCCAUCUUUUGAUUCACCAGCAAUUCAUCAACUAGAUAAGGUUUCAUACCAUGACUUACACCAAGGAACCGAUGGGUUCUCGGAUAGAAACUUGAUUGGAUUAGGAAGUUUUGGUUCUGUGUACAGAGGAAAUCUUGUGUCAGAAGAUAAUGUAGUUGCUGUAAAGGUCCUGAACCUCCAAAAGAAGGGAGCACACAAGAAUUUCAUUGUUGAAUGUAAUGCACUCAAAACUAUAAGACACCGGAAUUUAGUUCAAGUUUUAACAUGUUGUUCUAGUACAGAUUACAAAGGUCAAGAAUUUAAAGCUCUAGUUUUUGAUUACAUGAAAAAUGGAAGCUUAGAACAAUGGUUGCAUCCUGAGAUUUUAAAUGCAGAGCCUCCAACAACGUUGGACCUUGGUAAAAGAUUUAACAUCAUUUUUGAUGUUGCUUCUGCAUUGCAUUAUCUUCAUCAAGAAUGUGAGCAAUUAGUCAUUCAUUGUGAUCUAAAGCCAAGCAAUGUCCUACUUGAUGAUGAUAUGGUUGCUCAUGUGAGUGAUUUUGGCAUAGCAAGACUGGUCUCGUCCAUUGGUGGUACCUCUCAUAUAAAUACUAGUACAAUUGGGAUAAAAGGAACUGUUGGAUAUGCUCCUCCAGAGUAUGGAAUGGGUUCUGAAGUGUCUAUAUGUGGUGACAUGUAUAGCUUUGGAAUCCUGAUGUUGGAAAUACUUACUGGUAGGAGACCCACUGAUGAAGUUUUUCAAGAUGGUCAAAAUCUGCAUAACUUUGUUGCAACUUCAUUUCCUGAUAAUAUUAAAGAGAUUUUGGACCCACACCUUGUAACAAGAGAUGUAGAAGUAGCAAUAGAAAAUGGAAACCAUACGAAUCUUAUUCCAAGGGUAGAGGAAUCCUUAGUUUCACUUUUUAGAAUUGGACUUAUUUGUUCAAUGGAAUCACCGAAAGAAAGAAUGAAUAUUAUGGAUGUUACUAAAGAGCUUAACACAAUCCGGAAGGCCUUUCUCGCUGGUUUUUGCACACCUUGUAAUUAAUGUUGAACAGAAUUUACAAGUCAUUAUGGAAAGAGAGGUUUUGCAUCAUGAUGUACUUUUCUGAAGAAGCUGCAUGGUCCAGCUGGAACAUUAGGCAAUACUUAGUUUACUAGUUUGUUAUUCACUGAAUUCUGGUAGAAACAUGUGUCUGCAACGUACUAGUUGCUAUAAAUAAACAAUAUUGUUUGUAUUGCUUUCUAAUUCA